UUGCUCCUCUGGGUGCUCGGUCUCCUCCUGGCAGGAUCUGGUCUCGCAGUGUGGUUGGAACUAGGAUGUAUGAUUCCGCGCAGUGGCGGGGAGAAGGUCUACCUGGAGGCAGCAUAUCGCCGACCAAAGCUGCUGGUGACAGUGAUCUUUGCCGUCCAGGCCGUAGCUCUCGGAUUCACAGCCCAGGGAUGCAUCGUGUUUGUGUCCAACAUGGUCCUCGCAUCCGGAAAGGAGGCGUCUGAAUGGGAGGAACGAGGCAUUGCAAUCGCAGUAAUCAGCUUCAUCACCCUCGUCCACGUCUUCCUCCCCAACUGGGGCGUGCGCGGCAUGAACGCCAUCGGGAUCAUCAAAGUCAUCCUGCUCCUCUUCAUCGUCGUCACCGGCUGGGUUGUGCUCAGCGGCCGAGUGCACAGUGUCCAGGACCCGUACGCCAGUUUCCACAACUCCUUCGCGGGCUCUGCGACGUCGAGUAACCUGUACGCAACGGCGCUGUUUAAAGUACUGAAUUCGUUUAGUGGCUGGUCGAACGCCGCAUACGUCCUCAACGAAAUCCACAAUCCAGUCCGUACGCUCAAAAUCGCGGCCCCAACGGGCUUGGGAAUCUGCGGCGUGCUAUAUCUCCUCGCAAAUGUAUCUUACUACGCCGCUGCAACACCCGAAGAAAUAUCCAACAGCGGUACAACAGUCGCCUCAUACUUCAUGGGCAAGGUCUUUGGAUCCGCCGCCGAGCGUGCCCUAAGCGUCCUCGUCGCAAUAUCCGCCUUUGGCAACGUCAUGACGGUAACAUUCGCCCAAGCCCGCGUAAACCAAGAACUGGCCAAAGAAGGCGUGAUCCCCUUCCCAACCUUCUGGGCCUCAAGCUGGCCCUUCGGCUCUCCUUCCUCAGGCCUACUUCUGCAUUUCAUCCCGUCCCUGAUCGUCAUCGUCGCGAUCCCCUUCGGCGACGCAUACAACUUCAUCCUCGAUCUCGAGGGAUAUCCGAGCAGCAUCAUCAACUUCCUCGUCGUCGCGGGGCUGUUCUAUCUCCGCUGGAGUGAACCAAAUGCAUCCCGGCCGUUUCGGGUGUGGUGGCCCGUGGCUGUAUUCUUUAUGGCUGGGCAGGCGUUCCAGGUUGUGGCGCCGUUUAUUAGACCGCCUGGGGGGAAGGGGGAUACGAGUUUGCCGUAUUGGCUUUAUCCUGUUGUGGGUAUUGCAGUCCUACUUGCUGGGGUGGUGUAUUGGGGUGUAUGGCAGGUGUUGCUGCCUUGGGCUGGGGGGUAUAGACUGCAGCCUGAGCAUGUGGUUUUGAAGGAUGGGACGACGGUGGCUGUUUACCAGAAGAAAAAGGACUGA